CAAUUAUUUCACUUAUAUCUACAACUUUACAAUAUCAACAUGCCUCUCUCACUCGGAUUGACUCAAAUCAAGAGAAUGUUCAAUUGCAACACGGUGGGAACCGCGGACGCUGUUCCUGUAUCUGCUCCUCGUAUGCCGUCCACCACCAUUGGUAAUGCUACCUAUCUUCGUGAUCCCAUGCGCUGUGGUGACUAUCCCGAUUACGUUGGAAGUUUCUUUGAUCCAAUGACCGUGCGCGGCACAUACACAUCGGGUCAUGAUGUUACCAAUACAGGUGCCUAAGUUUGUAACCCAAAGGAAAUGGCUUUCUAUGUAAUUUUGAACGAGCGUUCAUGAUCAAUAUGUUAAUAGUAUAUCUUUCCCUCCUUUUAAACGUUUGUAAUUAGUUUUAUCCAUAUAUUCUGCACAUAAUUUCUUCUCUUCACUCUCUCAGGACACUGUAUUAUAAACUCGCAAUAAAACUUAGGCAUCCACUCAUUUCAC